AUGGAUGGAAGUGGUCUUACUCAACAACCCAAAAAACCGGAGCUAAAUGAAGAACUAGACGUUGUUGACAGGAACAUCAAAUGCUUACAUAAUUUACCGGAGGAGAUUCUUCGAUACAUCCUAUCCCUACUUCCAACAAAAGAUGCUAUUAGAACUAGCGUACUUUGCAAGAGGUGGGAAUACCUCUGGACCUCCAUUCCCAAUCUUCAUUUUGAUGGGUUGGAGCUGGCUAAGAGAAAGCAUUUCAUGAAUUUUGUGGAAAGAGUGCUUCUUCUUCGCGACUCUUCUGAUAUAAAAACAUUCACUCUCUAUUGUGAUGUGUUACAUGAUGCAUCUCAUGCAAGUGCGUGGAUCUCUGCUGCAGUAAGGCGUAAUGUUCAACAGCUGGAUAUUAGGCUUUGCAAUUUCAGAGAACCAUUUUCAUUGCCUCAUAGCUUGUUUACUUGUAUGACACUGACAGAGUUAGAACUUGAAAUGCCUUGUAUCCUCAAACUUCCUCCUACAAUUUGCUUCACAAAUCUCAAGACCUUAAAGUUUAGAUAUGUUACAUUUUCCAGUGAGUACUUAACCCAGAAGCUUUUUUCUGGACUGCCAGUCCUUGAGGAUUUGGACUUAAGGGAUUGCAACUGGGUGAAUAUUAAGGUUGUGAGUAUUUCUGCUCCAAAACUUCUUGAUAUUAGCAUAACCGAAGAUACAGAAAAUCAGAAUGAUGAAAAGGGUUGUCAGGUCUUGAUUUCUGGAGUUAGUCUCAAUGUAUUUUAUUAUUAUGGUGAAUUCUACAAUGAAUACCGUGUAUACAACUCAUCCUCACUUGUAGAUGCAUCAAUUUUUGUUGCUUGGUCUCCUCAUAGACAAAGGCAAGUUGCCCACCGCAUGUAUGUUCUUCUUACAGGGUUCUAUAGCGUAAAAAAACUAUUACUUACAGACCAGGCUCUUGAGGCUUUAACAUAUGCAGAAGUUGUAGAACUCCUACCUCAUAUGCCUAUCUUCAAAAACUUGGAGCAUUUGGCAUUCGAUGAAUCGCUGGUUAAUCUUGACAGUGUAGCACUGUUGAAGAUAUUGCAAAAAUCUCCGCAUCUUAAGAAAAUGGAAUUUUAUGGGGUGAUCAAUCUAUCCUCAGAUGAUGAAAGGAAUGAUAGAAUACUGGAUCCAGUGCCUCCAUGUUUCUUGUCACAGCUCAAUUGCAUUGAAGUUUAUAAAUAUACGGGAAACGAGGAGGAGCUAUCUGCUGUAAAGAUUUUACUCAAGAAUGCAGUGGUAUUGGACAAAUUGGUCAUAACUUGUUCACAUCAUUUUGCAAACGACUUAGAGAAUCUGAAGAAGGUUCACGAACAGUUAUUGAAGCUACCCAGAGGGUCAAAACAUUGUGAAUUGGUUUUUGAUUAGAACCUUUCUUGAGCUUUUACCUCCAGAAAAGCCAUUAAUUCCUAUUUUGUUAGACUUCAAAAACUAAAUUCCCUUUUUUCCUGUCUUGACCUUCUACGUACCUAUAUAACUUGAUAUUAUGUAAUGAUCUUUUUUGUUAAUGGAUAAUAUAGUUUUGAAUUGUCCAAGCUAUAAGCUUA